AUGGCAGACGACCCCGAUCCUCGUCUCGAAGGAGUCCCUGACGCUCCUUCGAACGCACACUACACCUCUACGAGCACGACUAGAACCGUCACGCCUUCCAACUCCCCUCCAGAUGCCGCUAAAUCUGGUCUUGUACCCGGUAUAGAAUCCGUCAAUCCCAGCACGAGUAAAUACAGAUUCAAGAAAAAGAAAGUAGUCCUCCAAGACCAAUCCUCGACGGAACUCUCCACGCUCACCAAGUCCAUCAUCUUCUGCGGACUUGGCCUUAGUCUGUUCUUGAGUUUCUUGGACAGUACGAGCGUAGCGACGGCGGCGCCGAUGAUUGCGAAGGAGCUUGGUGCGGGACAGUCGAUUAGUUGGGUUGGGACAAGUUAUUUGGUGGCGAAUACGAGCUGUCAACUUAUCUACGGAAGACUUUCUGAUAUCUUUGGUCGGAAAGCACUCCUCAUCGGCGCCCUCAUCAUCUUCGCCAUCGGCGAUCUGCUAUGUGGAUUCGCACAGACUCCAGUGCAACUCUAUGUGUUCAGAGCGGUUGCGGGUAUAGGCGGGGGAGGUAUCAAUAAUAUGGCGAUGAUCAUUAUGUCCGAUGUGACUACCCUACGCGAACGAGGAAAGUGGCAGGGUUUCAACGCGUGUGCUGUAGCUCUCGGUUCAGCUGUGGGCCCCUUCGUCGGUGCCGUCUUCUCGCAAAAAGUUACCUGGCGAUGGACAUUCUGGUGCACACCACCCCUGACACUCCUCUGCAUAACCCUCAUCCACUUCUUCAUCCCGCUCGUGAAAGUGCGCGGCAACAUCCGCUCCAAACUCGCAAAGAUCGACUUUCUCGGCUCGCUCCUCUCUCUCGGCGCGAAUAUCCUUGUGCUGGUGCCGAUCAGCGCUGGCGGCGCGACGUACGCGUGGGAUUCGGCGUUGGUUAUUAGUAUGUUGGUGGUGGGAGGGGUGAUGUGGGUGGCUUUUGUGCUAGUGGAGUGGAAGGUUGCGAGAUUGCCUGUUUUGCCGCUGAGGUUGUUUAAGAUUAGAACGGUGGGGUGUAUCAUCGUGCAGACGGUCGGAGUUGGGAUGGUCUACUACGGCAACCUCUUCUUCCUCCCGAUCUACUUCCAAUCCCUCCUCCAAAUGUCGACCAUCCUCUCCGCAUGCUACCUCCUCUCGCUCCUCCUCGUCCAGACCUUCGCCUCCGUCGCCAUGGGCCAAAUCACGAUGCGCACGGGGCAGAUGAAGCCGCAGAUCGUCUUUGGGUUUUCGGUGUGGUUGAUCGGGCAGGGGUUGAUCAGUUUGUUUGAUGGGAGUUAUGCGAAGAUCGUAGGGUAUCUCGUCGUUUGUGGUAUAGGCGUCGGGGCGACGUUACAGACUACUCUGGUGGCCGCACAGGCAGCAGCGCCAGCGAUCGAUCGGGCAGUCGUGACGGGGAUGCGAAAUUUUGCGAGGACGUUAGGUGGCGCCUUCGGCCUCGCAAUCUCCUCCUCCCUCCUCAACAACAUCCUCCUCUCCUCCCUCCCCGCCAGCACGCCCCCCUCCCUCCGCACCUCCAUAUCUCACUCCGCCGCCUCCCUCGACCUGCCUGCGGAUUUGGACCCGGAACUGAGGGAGGGGAUAAGAAGGGCGUAUGCGGGUGCGUUGAGAGAUGUGUGGAGGUUUUAUGUGGGGGUUGUGGGGGGUGUUGGGUUUUGGGGGUGGGGAUUGGGGGGGAGAGGGUGCCGGGGUUUGAGGGGAGGGGGUGGGGGUGGGGACGGGUGUGGGGGAGGAAAGGGAAGGAGGGUGAGGGGAAGGAGGUUGGGAAAGAGAAUGAGAAAGAGAAGGAUGGGGGAGAGGAAGUGA